CUACUUCGAUAACCAAAGAAAGUGCAGAACUCAAAGCCGAACCUGCCAAACCAAGAACUCGAAGGUCAUCUGCAUCUACUGAACCCGCAGUACCAGAAGGAGAAAAGAAACAGCCAAUAACAAGGAGAAGGUCAUCAGCUACGGAAGAAACAUCUCAGAAAGGGAAUGAACCAGUUAAAGGCCGACGAACUUCAAUCACAUCAAAAAAUGCAGAAGUUUCUGAAAAACCUGCUGGUUCUAGUGAGGAAGAAGGAAAGUCAAGACCUGUUACACGACGCAGCUCGAUUUCAAAGGAAUUAUCGGAAGAAACAGAAGGAACAAAACCUUUAACGAGAAGCCGUCGAAAGUCGAUUGAUAUAGAGGUUGAGGUAUUAGAGAAGAAACCAACAAGGCAAAGAAGGGCUUCAACUGAGAAGCCAGAAGAACCUGAACAGAAAGUAUCUAAGCACACGCCUGUCAAAAAUAGAAGGAGGCCCUCUAUCACCGACAAUGCAGCUGUAUUGGAACCCAUCGAAGAGAAAGAAGGAGAAAGAAAAAGUCUUUCACCGAUACCAGCAAAUGACAAAACUCAUCAUAGUUUGACUCCAGUUAAAAAAAAGCAUGAAGCUAUCAAAACUGACCUAGAUCUUAGUAUUAUCAAUGAGUGUAGUUUUACAGAAGGAAAUGAUAGUCAUACUGAGGAAGCAAGAUCUGCUGAAAACUGUGUAGAACUUCCUGCUGAAAUAGAUCCAUCUAAUGCGGCAUGUGAAAAAGAAAAUGAUGAAAUUGAAAAUAGUACAGUGGCCCCUGUUCAAUCAACAAUGUUAUCUACUGAAUCAAUAACAAUAUCUGCAGAAUCAACAACUUCUCCUUCUGAAAAAAUAACUUCAUCUACUGAAUCAACAAUGUCAGUUGCUGAGUCAACAACACCCCCAAAAGACUCUAAAACUGUUGAAAGGAAAUCAACCACACCCAAGAAAUCACCUAGGUUUAGAUCAAAUAUUGACUCGGAAACAGUCAUUGAUGACAGUACUAAAGAUCGAGAUGUAGAUUCUGUUUUACCAGACCAAAAAGAAGGCUUUGCAAAUGAGCAGUUGACUGAGUUGAACCUGAGUCAAUCCAAAAUCGAUGAUGAAAUAAAAUCACCAAAGAGGUCACUAGUUACACCCAAAAAAAGUUCACCAGAACAGGCGUCACCUAGAAAGUCUCCAAGGCUUCAGACUAAGAAAAAUAAUGAAAUCAAAGCAAAUGACAAAACGCUCGAUAAUGAUGAGAUUAUUGGCAAUAUGAAAAAAAUUGAAUCUGCUGACGAUAAAAUCCGAUCUUCAUUAACUAAUAAAGAAAGCUCUCGAUCUUUAGAAAAAAAUAUGGGUGUUCUAAAGAAGAAAGACUCUGAAGGUUCCCUUCAAGAAGUGUCAAACUUCGAAAAUGAUUCAGUGUUUUCUCCAAGAACCACAAAUUCCAAAGAAGUUUCAGGAAGAAACUCUGUUACAUACAUCAGUACAGGAUCAGAAGGUUCAUUUCAAUUGCAUCUAUCUAAUAGCAGAUUGGACUCUUCUCUAGGAGAAACUGAAGAUGGGGGUGAGUUGAAUAUUUCAAAAACUAGUAACAGCAGUGAUAAAGAAAAUACUGCAGUCAAUAUUGUUAACGAUUCAAGUAACUCUAAAAAUUCACUAACAUCUGAGAAGAAAAUUCUAGGAGUUUCAACUGUUUUAAGCGAGAAACAAACUGUAGCCAGAGUUUCUAAUGUGUUUCAACCUAAAAAUUUGGAUUACAGCUAUAUGGAGCCUAUGGAUGUAGACAAGACAUCAGUGGACUUGGAGUCAACAACUUUUGAAAAAUUUGAUCAAUCACUAGGUCCUAAAGAUUUGACAGAUGAUUCAUUCAAUGAAAGCUCUAAAUUGAAUACUAGCCUGCCUUUUGUAGAAUCGUCCAAAGUUAUUGAAAGAGUUGAGAUUACUGAAACUGUUGAAGCCAAGGUUGAUGUUAGUGAUGCAGAUCUUACAACCGAUGAACUUACUACCAAAGAAUCCAAUAUGGAUAUUUCCAAGGCAUCUUGUGAUACACUUCCGGUAGAAUCUGAAGAAGCUUCAAGCACUAGUGAUCCCCUAACUAACUUGAUUGCAAACAAUGAAAAUGAGCUGGUCAUGAACAAUUCGAAUGGAGAUAAACCCACCAUGCUUGAAGAAUCUAUAAGUACACCUGCAGAGCAGGGUUCUUUAAAAGUAGUUGAGAAAGAGUCAAGUGAUGUGGUAUUAUCAGAAAAAACACCUUCGUCCCCUGAUUAUGAAUUUCAACUUCCCUCUGAUGAUGAAAUUGAAAAUACCCAAUUACCUCAAAAUUGUUCUGAAGUUGAUAAUAAGUCUCCAAGAAAUUCUGAAUCAGAGAUGGAUCCUUCGAGAACAGAAAAGGUGUUGCAAAAAGAAACGGAAACCGAAAAAUUUGUAGAAGUUAUUGGAGACAAGGCAUUGGAAUCCUCUAACGAAGAAAACAUUAGUAAAUUACCUUCUAGUCAUAAUGAACAGUCUUCAACAACUUCUGACUUGCAUGAAUCCAAAGGACAAUCAGAUGAGCAAAAGGAACAAGGCACAAUAGAAGAAAUGCAAAGUCAGGUUAUUGGAGACAAGGCAGUGGAAUCUUCUAACGAAGAAAACAUUAGUGAAUUAUCUUCCAGUCAUAUGGACCAGUCUUCAACAACUUCUGAGUUGCAUGAAUCCAAAGGACAAUCAGAUAAGUCAAAGGAACAAGACACAAUAGAAGAAAUGCCAAAUCAUGUUGAAAGUACUGAAAGUGAAAAAUCCUUUGGCAAUGCCAGUAAUCAAUCAGAUAUGAAAAUCAAUAAGUCGAAACUAGUAAAUGAACAAAUUAAAGAAGAUGAGACGCAUCAAAUAAAUAAUGUAGAUGAAACUAAUAUUGUUCUUGUCGAUGAUAACACCAAAGAAGAUGAAACUUAUAUAAGAAAGGUUGAUCAAAAGACGGAAUCAGAUGAUGAACCAAAUGGUGGACAGGAUACCAUAGCUAAAAUUGCAGAUCUCACAACAACUGAUGCGGGAGAAAUGAGUGAAAAUAGAAUACUAGAAGGAGAUAUUGAAGUUGAAGGAAUGGUUGAAAAUGAACCUGAAUUUAUUAAAUCUGAACCAGUCAUGUCAGAUACCAAAAGUCCAUCUAAGAUUAAAGACAGUACUACUGAAAAACAAUCAGACAAGUCCCGUGAAUUCGAAUGCUUCAGUGGAAGUGUUGAAGAAAGUGAAAUAUUGAAUACUGAUGAGGAAGUUGCAAAGCAUGUGUUAAUAAGGAAAAAUAAAGAGUCAGUAAUUACAGAAAGUUUGAAUGAAAUUUCCUUUAGUACUGAAAAUAAAGUUACCGAAAUUGACCUUACAAACAAUGAAGAAAAUGUUACCGAAAAGGACUGCUCUGAAGAAAUAAGAAAAGAAUCCGAAUCUGUUCCAUCUCUUUCUACAAGCGACAAGGAAAAAACUAAAAUAUCUGUAAAUACAGAAGUGAGCGAACCAGAUUUCAAAGCUGCAUUGGUAGAGCGACCUCCAGUUGAAACUGAAACUCCCACAAAAUUAAAAAAGCUCAAGAAGAACAAGAAAUCUAGGGAAUCAAAAGGAAAUGUGUCAGAUAUGGAACCAGAACCAAAUGAGGUAUUGGUAGAACAACAGUCAAUCAUAACUGAUACACCGAAAAAGAGGAAAGGAGACAAAAUUGAUGCUGACGUCGAAGAUGAGUCAGAAGAAAUUGAAAAUGGCAAUGGUAACCUUCAGACAUUAGAUGCUUCCAUCAAUACCUUACUCGAAGAAGCAAAAAAGAAAAUUAAAAUUGAUACAGAGGCGAUUGCUGAAAUGAUGGCCAGUGCAGUCCAAAUAAUAUCAAAAGAUAAUGAAAGUUCCUCAAAGGAAGAAUUGGUUGCUAAGUCAAAGUUAUCUGAGACUAAGAAAAAAGAUAAUGAAGUAGAUGAUACAAUUGAAACUGAAACAACUAAGUGCAGUAUUAAGAAAUUAUCAAAAAAAGCAAAGAAAAAAGCACUGGCUGUAGAUUUAGCAAACGAUUUAAGUGAUUCAAAAUUCAAUGUAGAUGAACAUACCCAUAACAGUUCAGAAAACUCAAUCAAGUCCCUGAGAACAACCAAGAAGUGUAAAAGAUCUAAACAAAGAAAAGAACAUGAAACUGCAUCUGAUGCCAAAACAAAAGAUCUUGUAGAGACUAAAAAGACCCCACAAAGUUCCUUGAAUGAAGAUGAUUCAGAAGAAAUUGAAAAUAAAAAACUAGAUUCUGAAAAUUCAGAAACUGAAAAAGACAUCUUGGAAGGAUAUUCAAACCCCAAAUUGGACGAAUUUUUAUCAAAAAUGAGUUCAAAUUUGAAAGAAGAAAAUGAAAGUGAAGAAGAUGAAAACGAAGAUGAAAAUGAAGAAGAGGAUGAAAGUGAAGAAAAUAGCUUUUUCUUAACCAUGGCAGAAGAAGGCGAGGAAGACACACCUUCUGAUGACAGUAAUGAUAUAAUUGAUGAGGGGGAAUCUAUAAAUACUACAGAAUCAGAACGUGAAACUGACGAUGACUAUGAUGAAAAUGAUUCUUUUAUUUGUGAUGAAGAUAUAAUCGACCUACUGUCUGGAGACGAGUAUGAUUUGGGAAAUGAGAAAACCAAAAAAAAACCCAAGUCUCGCAUCAUCAAUGUUGAACAUUGUGACAGUGAAGUCAUCAAAAUUCAGCGUAAAGAAAAACCCGAGAAACCAAAGAGGAAAUCUAGAAUAAUUUCAGUUGAGAGUUCUAGUGAAGAUGAUCAAGAAGUUAUUCAGUCUUUGGACAAUAAGGCUACCAGGGAGGUGAAAGAUGAAGAAUGUGUUGAUAAAUCCAUUAAUAAAAGGAAAUCUUCUAUCACUAUUAUUGAAAAUAUUAAUGUCAAUGACAUCAAGGAUACUGUUUUGAGUCAGAGAAUACACCACUUGGUUGACAGUUUUUGCACAACCAUCCCUAAUAAAGCCGAUAUUUCCAUGAAUCUUUCUCUGGAGUAUGCCGGAGAUGAAGAGAAAGAGAUUUCAGGGAAAAAACAAAAGGAAAAGUUGGCUGAACCUUCAACCGAACCAAAGGAAGAAAAAUCACCCCAACUUUCAUCAGAGGCAAAGAAAGUGAAAUCGCCUCAGGAAACAACCCUUAAAGAAAAGAAAAAUAACAAGAGAAGCAGUAAUUCUAAAAACCAAUGUACAGUAUUGACAAAGAAACCAAGGCUGAGUGUUAGCCUCACCGAUACUAAUGAUUUGGAUGAAGAUACAGUGAAGAAGCGAAAGCGCUUUAGUAAAAGUCUUGAUGAUGAACUCAAUGUGAACAAAAGUAAGAAAAAAAGUAAAACUGAAAAAAAGGAAAAAGCUUCGCAAGUUCGAGACAAACGAAGAUCUUCAUUAUCUGGAGAUGAUCUUAAACAGUCUUUCAAUCUUCUCAACCAGCUUAUCACUGAUGUUAAGAAUAGACCAAGAAGGAUUGUUAAACCAAGCACUAGUAAGGUGGAUACAGAUAAUGAUCCUUGGAUAGUUGAUAUUGUGAAUGUCAAACCUUCGACAAGCAUUGUUAGCGAGACGGAAAUUGAUAAUUAUAAAAAGAAAAAGGUACACCCGAAAGAUUUCAGACAUCAAAUGUUGUAUGAUUCCUCCCGAGUGAGAAGAAUUGAAACUAAAAAACUAUUGAAGAAGAAAGGUGUCUACAAUUGAACUUUAUAUUUUCAUAAUGUCUUUUAUUUAAUUAUAUAAACUUUUGUUUUUAUAUCGCUAAGGCUGAUGAACGUUAUUUUUGUACUGUAUUUGUUCUGUUUAUUAAUACUUGAUACAUUUUA